UGCGCAGGCGGCGGCCGCGAGCGGCGGGGGCCGAGCCCGGCCCACGUGCGCCGCGGGGCUGGGGGAAGGGAAAGGCGGCGCGGCCCAGGCCCGCAUCCUCUCCUCUCCUUUCCUUUCCUCUGGUCCGGGAUGCCACCCGGCCCGCCGUGAGGCACCGCGCCAUGGGGCCGGAUCCAGGCUGGAGCGCGCUGGUGCUGCUCUUCGCCGCCUCGCUGCUCACCGUCGCGGCCUGGCUGCUCCAGUACUGGCGGGCGGCGGCCCUGCGGGUGCUGUGGCGGCGGCGGCGGCCGCCGGUGGUGGCGGAGGAGGAAGCCGGGGCCCGGGCGCUGCUCGCCGCGCUGCUCGCCCUCCGGUCCCUGCGGGAGCAGUGGCAGCGGGCCUGGGUGCGGGCCCUCAACAGCCAGGCGCGCCGGCACGGGAGUUCAGUGCAAAUCACAUUUGAAGAGGGUCCUCAGUUGCCACCAGCAGCAAAUAUAAGCUGUGUGACGUGCAAAGGCCAGUCGGACUGCAGCAUGGUGCUUUACUGCCAUCUGUCUGCAGAAGCCGUGAAAUUCCCUGUCUCUGUAACGCAGCAAUCCCCAGCUGCUGUUUCUGUGGAUACGUAUCAUGUCACUUUGUCUCUGCUGCAGGCUAAGGUGGAGAUCCACUUGGAGGAGAUACAGAAUGAGGGUCUCCUGGUGUCGUGGACGUUCAAGGACAGGCCAGACUUGAAUCUGUCAGUUCUUCCAAGAUUUCAACCUCAUGAGAAGAAUGACGGGAGAGUGGGUCUGUCUACCAUAAAGGAUCUGAUCGAGGAUACCAUUGUCAGCACACAGCCAGCCUUGAUGGUACACCUGAAAGCCUGCACCGCAGGAACUGGGGUGGUAUCCAGCAGUAAAUCGACUCGAGAUUCCCCCGGUGUAGUAGCAGGCCCUCUAGGUUCCAAGCUUUUCCUACGGAAUCUUCACGUGCUGAACUUGGGCUCCCAGGAAAAGGCAGGAGUUGAGGAGAUCUGCUGUGUCGUAGAGCUAGACAGUCCCCCACAGCAGAAAUGGAUGAGGCCAUUGACAGCUGGGAGUGCCAGCACUGCUGCAGAGAUGGAGUGGAACGAGGAGCUCGUUCUUGAUUUGGGACCUAGAAGUAAGGAGCUGAAGCUACAGGUGCUGGGGAGCAGCGGCAGAGGUGAAGAUGUGCUGCUGGCCCAUACUACUCUUUUGCUUGAUCCUUCGAGCAAACGGCCAUCCGGGAGACAGAUCUGCUCUCUGGCCCCCGGACCUGGGCAGUCGCUGGCAGCUGAAGCUACCAUUGUACUGGAGCUCUUAUACCAGGAUUCUUCUACAUCUCUAAAUGCUCAGCACGCCACAUCUCUGCGUACCAGCAUCACCCCCACCAAGAAGGUGGAGAUGGACCGGACCAUCAUGCCUGAUGGCACAAUCGUGACUACUGUCACCACAAUUCAGUCCCGGCCCAAAGCCGACUGCAAGCUGGAUUCACCCUCAAGAUCGCCAUCCAAGGUGGAAGUAACUGAAAAGAAGACAACGGUUCUUUUGGAGAGCAGCUGUCCUCGCAGCCUCUUGGCCAGCAGUAGCAGGGACAGCCAGAUGCCUAAUGGCUUGGAUCCGGUGGCUGAGACGGCAAUCAGGCAGCUAACUGAGACAAAUAACAAGCCCGCCAAGAAGACCCCAACAAAACGUAGCACGCUGAUCAUCUCGGGAGUUUCCAAGGUACCUAUUGCUCAGGAUGAAAUGGCACUUUCUCUGGGUUAUGCUGCAUCCAUGGAGGCCACAGUGUACGGGGCUUCUGGGGCGCUGAGUGCAGCGGAGCAGAUGCACGAUUCCACUGAGUCGUCACAGCUGCUGGAAGCGUCACCAUCAGGACCAGGGGCCAGUCAGGAGCUGGAUGAGACAACGCGAUCAGACAUCUCCGAGAGACCAUCCAUGGAAGAUGUUGAAUCCGAAACUGGCUCCACAGGAGCCCUUGAGACUAGGAGCUUGAAAGAUCACAAAGUUAGUUUUCUUCGGAGUGGUACCAAGCUCAUCUUCAGGAGAAAGACCAAGCAGAAAGAAGCUGGCCUGAGCCAGUCUCACGAUGACUUGACCAAUGUCACCACUAGUUCUGCCAGCAAGAAGAAAGCCGGCAGCUUCUCCCACCGCCUCAUCAAACGCUUCUCCUUCAAGUCUAAAUCCAAACCUAAAGCUAAUGACAACACAACAGGUGAGAACUGAAGGAGGGAGAUACUGGUUGGAAAGAUCAUACAGAAAUCCUCUCUUAGUCUUUUGUCUUCCCGCUCCAUGGUAUGUGAGAUCUGCAGUCCGGUUCCUUCCAACCUUGGCGGAGGGAAGACACCCCAGUGCUUUACACUGUUUGGGGAGCAAAGGUGGCAUACCCAGGGCUGAGACUGCACAGCCUUCUGUGACUGUUAUGCUCUCCCCAAAAAAAUCCAGCAGGCAUGCUAAUCCCCGUGGGGUUCCCAGGAGCUGCAGAAGUGACUCUGUCCGGCUGUCCAGCUUCACUAGGCGCUUCCUGGCACCUGUCAAGUGACAGCCUCGGAGUUAAAAAAACUGAGAAACUGCCAAGUUAGCUGCAUUUUCGAGAGCUGCGGUAUGUAGCCUUGCUCGAUUCUGCUCUUGAGAGAGAAUGGUGCGGUUGCUGACCAUUCUGUUGUUGCUCCUGCUCGAUGCAGAGGCUGUAACGUGACUGAGGUGUGGUGUGGGACGAUGUGUGCGUUCCUGGGCUAUGUGCUGUGAGCAGAACAAGCUGCUGUUCCCCACCCAGAUUGGCUAUUGGAAUGGUCUCCGUUUCAGAAGGUGUGAAAGGUGCCUUUUUUCUGUGCUACACUGAUGAAGAAAGGAGUCUCUAAGAAGAAGGAAACCUUAACCACUAGACGAGUUUUUGUAGAAGACCCAGUCCUUGCAAGAACAUCCGUUUGCUGCUUUUGGUGCUUCUUUGUCAAUGUUCUGGAGUGGGGAAGGGGCCAUGGGACGUAUUUGUACCAGCCAUCUUCCUGUACAAGUGGAAACGUUUUCCUUGUGGGUGGUUAGGGCCAUCUCUGGUAGGGCACAGGGGAAACGGAGGCUGUGGUCCAGUUCUGUGGUUCUCCUUAGCAGUUCUGACUCCAGUGCCUGAUGUGCUGGGGAUGAACAGUGAGGAACGUGGCAGUGUGAAGUGGAACCUGAGUGAAGAGCUUACGUGUUUGCACUGAUGAACAGCAUUUCUUGUAGCAGAAAGAGCCUUUCCUGAUGGCAUGGGAAAUAACCUCCUUGUAGAAAAUGUUAUCCUCUACGUUUAAAGCGUGGGCCUUUCUGCAGUGGGUGUUCCUUGAGGGAGAGCUGCAUGGGGGAAAAAUCAGCUGCUCGCAGAGGAGGAAACUGCCCUUCUAAAUGAAUGUUUUCCCAGUCUCUUGAAAUACGUGCGUUGUGAAUAUCCCAAGAGGCCCCGUUUGAAUGAGUGUAACAACACUCCUUAGAAAAAUGCUUAUUCGUUGUUAAUGUAGAUUGUUUGAAUGGAAGCUCUUGCUCUUCUGUAGAGCUGCAGAGAUAGGGAAAUGGGUCAAAGGGGAGGAAAAGAAGUUUGGCGGAGAGAUUGUGUAAGCCUGGGUGGGGUCUUUAGCUCUGUUCUCCUGUUAAAAUACCUCCUGAGGUGGGGGCUGUUGCUAUACUUCAUUCAAGAGGCAACCCAAUUGGAAAAGUAGCAGUACUCUGGAAUUGUGUGAUACAAUGCAUCGUGUUAUUCAGAAGACCAAAUCCUGGGUUACUGAUAAGGCCAUGUGCUAUUUCCAAAGGCUGAAAUGUGUUUGGUAUGCUGUUGUGAAGCAAUUUACAGGCAGGAAUUUUAGAGUGCAUCCCAAAAGUAUCAGGAAGUUGGGAAGGCCUUACUGAGCUUGUUCCCACUUUGUGGGCUCCAGGAUAUGGCUGCUAACGAGUGGCGAUGGAAUUACUGUUUUUGAUUUGAGCUUUGACCUGUCAGAAAUAUUGGGAAUAUUCCGCACUGUUGUCUGUGGGAUGAAUGGCACACAGGGUGCACAACAGUGGUUGUGUAUUCUCCCUUGAACUGUUGGUGGCACUCUUUAUCAUGGGCUUUUUUUUUUUUUAUACUGGAUAUGAAAAUUUGUAUCUGGCUAGAUGCAAAUAAUCCUUGCAGCAGAAAGGGUUAUUGUUAAGGUCAGAUGGAGCAUAUCCCCAAACAUUAAUUCCUGCAUCUGCUUGUGUUUUCUUUCUGCCACAUCAUUGCUCCUCAAAGUUUUACAGUGUAGGACUGAUACUGUAGCUUUCAAUUUUCUACAAAAUCUUCUCUGGGUGCAGAAUAUUUUUUUUCAGAGUAUUUGGGUAAGCUGCUGUGUCUUGGCUAUGUGAGUGUGUGUGAAUCUCCUGACUUACUGAAGCCAAGAACGGUAACAAAUCCGCCUUGUGGGGAGGUGUGAUUAUUGGCCUGAGGAACGAUUCUUUUAUCCUAAUAUCCUAACUUUCUCAAAAGGGAAAGGGAAGGUGAUGGAAGUCUCUGGUCUCCAGAAACUGUAGAGAAGGUCCCAUGGAGUUUUCACUCAUAAAGCUGCUGUAUAAAAAAAUCUGUUUGUGUUUAGUCACCUCUUGUGCUUUUUGCUUUAAAACAAAAGAAAUGGUGUUUGAAAUCAGCUUUUCCCUGUUUAACUUCUUGUGGGUACUCAUGCCCUUGGUGCCAUUGACCAAAUAAGUGGGGGGAGAGGAGUGUCAGAGUGGUGGACUUGAACAAAGAGAUGCUUCUGAAAGAGCUCAGCCUCCUUACGUGGGCUGUAUUCCAAAUGCAACGUUUCAUUGCUGGCUACGCAAGUAGAAAGAGUGACCGUUAAAAAAGCCAAAGUAUUCUUUUUUUUUUUUCUUUUUCCUGGUGUUUUAGCUGAACAGAGUUAGGAUUUACAUAUGCUGUGUGUUCUCACUUCUUUGAAGAAAACAGAUCGCUCUAGCUGUACGCUUGUAACUGCAGCUGUCCGGACACACCCUUCCCCCUGUUUUGGUAAGGCUUUUAAGAACCUUCCCGUUGAAAAGCCCUUAGCAUCUGCCUGCAAAGGGCGUUCUGUGAUUUUGCAGCCUCUUAAAGUAAGAAAAAACAUUAACGUGAAUGAAGGAGACCGCAAAACCUCAUUUUUUGGGGGGUGCUGUGAGCUUUAAUGCGGUGGAACUCAACUGAAGCCUGGUGGGACAGGGACUCUGUCAGGUGAUGGGGUUGGAAUUAGAUGAUCUUAAAGCUCCCUUCCAGUCUGAAACAUUCUGGGGUUCCGUGAUUUGGAGAGGAGGUUCAAAGCGUGUACAAUCCAAAGGGAGAGGGAUUGUAGACAUGUAUAUGUGCUUUUGUAGUCGAGCAUGGGUCUUGAGGGGGAGAGAGGGUGGAGACUUUGCAGCUAGCUGGAGAGCAGCUCAGGGGAGGGGAGCGUCAGGAAAACUUCAAACUGCUGUGAGUGCGAGAGGCACGGGCUGUUUCUACACCAUAUCUGUGUGUGUGUGAGUGUGUAUGCGAGGAAGCAUUCUGUGUUUUAUUUUCAGAUUUGUUUUUAGAGGUGCUGCAUCGUGUGGCAGCCACUCUCCUUCCCUGUGUGCUAAUCCUAGAGGGAGGUUACUGGGUAGCUGGCGAGAUGCUUGACCGGUGGGUGGAUGCUCCUGGUGCGUUCUGGAGUCUUUUGCCUCGUUCUCCCUUCCCUGCCCCUAACUCACGGUGAGUGUAAGGAUCCAGCAACAGUUCUGUCCGGUGGUCAAACUUCUGGAAAAGGUCUUUGUGUACGUGCAGGAAUCACAGCUCUUUCUACAAGCGUGACUGCUCCGUACCACCUCUCUUUGCUUGUAGAGGUACUGGACCAAAUCCCCAUGCUGAAUCUGAAAUUAGCACCCCUCCUUUUGUGUGCUCAUUUUUUUUUUUUUUGUACUUUAAUACCUUCUUUCUGGGUGGUUUAUUUUAACCCCAGAUUGUCUAGAGGAAAAAACAAAACUAGGAACUGUGUAGUUACUUAAGAGAUGACAAUAAAACGACUUAAUUCAGAGUAAAUGAAUGAAGUUCUUGCACCUUUGUAAAUGUUGAAGAAUUCCAUUGCUGUGUAAUGGCUGAACCUGUUAACUUAUUAAAACCCAUGGAAAUAAAAA